CCUCGCUGUCUCUGCUGGGCGCUGCUGCAGCCCUGCCUACUGACGACGGUCCAUUGGACUGCUACGGCAGCUGUCUCAUCAAUGGAACCGCACCCCCCGCAUGCGUCGACCAAUGCUGGAAUCCCUUCCAGAAGAGGAACUGCUUCACCCAGUGCCUUGAGCGUGGAGAGAGCUGGGACACCUGCGCGGACCAAUGCAACAACUAGAGCAGAUCAGUCAUGCUCUUUACAAAUCGGCUGUGCUUGAUAUGAGUUAUUGGGGGAUACCAUGGAUAUGAGAUAUGUAAUUGCGAGUGA